GCCAUUGUUUGAUUGAUCAUCCCGGUCAGUAGUUUGUCAAUAUGUACAGUGGCUAUUUGAGAAUGGCACGUGUUUGACACCAGCUUAUGGAUGGUUGACAUGGUGGAUUAGUGGAAAUCCACUAGAUUUCUGUGGAAAAAGAGUAGAACUAUUGGAUCGAACAUGACGACGGUGAAAUCGAAUGUUUGCAUAACGAUUUCUUUUUGAGACUUCAAAGUGACAGAUCGUCGACUCAAAGACAGCAAAGAAAAAAACACAAAAACAACAAAAAACAUAAAAAUUGAGGACUUCAUCUAAGUGGGCCGCUAGAAAAUAGGCAAAGUUAUUUUCAGGACCAUCCCAGAACGUGAUUGACUUCAUGAAUGUUCUGAACGGGGUGUUCACCAACAAGAAACAGGUGGACGAUGAAAUAGCUCAGAAUUCAUCUGUUAGGCAUGAGUUGUCUGUUUUUACUUUCUUACCAGUGGUUGUUCCCGCAUUUGGGGAGACGCCCGUUAUUUGGUUAAGACAAAUCUACGCUUAUAUGUUUGAACAGCAACUGUUGGUUGUCAAGGAGACAGAUGAUGGUAACAUACUCAUCACACCAUACCACUUUACCAAAAAUCUCUACAAAGGAUCCAGGCUAUAUGACUUGAAAAUUUAUAAAGAUCUUACUGAAGAUGAUUUCACUUACAUAGAGGAUUGUAACAUUGUAUUUACCAGAGUAGCGAGUGACUUCUAUGUUGGACAUUGGCCAGACUGUGUGGAUAGGACUCAGCCAGACAACAAACUGAAUGUGACAUGUAACGUCUUAACUAUUGAAGUCACUUCAUCGGAGUCACCGGAGUAUGGACUUGAGCCUUAUUACCAUGAGCUGGAAGGAAACAAGUUUCCAUUGCCACCUUUCCUGAGUGACAUUGACAAGACUAAAGUUUGCUCUUAAAACAUGGCAUGUAGUUCUACAUGUAAACACAGCAGAGAUAUGUAAACAUUUGAAAUGACAAAAGUGAAAAAAACAACAACAACCAAACAUAAAUAUAUAAAUCCAGGCUACAAAUAAACAUUGCAUCUCUAAAGGCAUGUGUU